AUAUGAAUCACUUACAGGACGAUGAACAGACAGACAUCAGGAGAAGAUGAUCAGCUGAACACUAAAGACAGAGAAGGAGGAGAUAACUGAACAUCAACAUGUCAAGCAGAAAGGGCAGAGAGACUGAUGCCCACAAUCCUCCUCACAGGAGAGAAAAGAGCAAAACCCCACCUCCUUACUUUGAAAGCGGAGAGGAAGAGGGGAAGAAGAUUGGCUCUGAAUCCGAUGAUUCACUACAGAGAGGAAACAAGGACACUGGAACAGCAGGAGUCAGAGCAGAUCAAUUUCUACAACAGAAGAAGACUGAAACAGGAACAGUGAAUAAUCUAUUUCACAGACUUCAUCUUGAGGGCAGGCACCACAAUAAACUGAGAGCUGCAGAUGUUCUUCAGAUAUCUGCACAUUCAUUACAGUCUCAUGAUUCUUGUGCUGAAGAGGAACUGAUUCAGACAUUCAUGCAAAAACUACUGAUGAUGAACUACAGAGCAAGAUACAUUAAAACUAAAAAGAACAAUGAGGAAGAUCACACACAACAAAGAGAUAAUGACCCUUCUGACGAUGAGAGUGAUAUUUUUGAUGACAUUUUUGAUGUUUUUUUUAAUGAAAAAACAAGUCAGUCUGAGGGAAUCCACUUGAUGGAUGUUCAGAUGGCCGUGUUUCAUCAUUCUGAUGGUUUCCUGAAGCAGCUGAUGGUCACUAAACUGUCCCAGUGUCAGUACGCUCUGCCUCUGCUUGUUCCUGAUCCAUUCACACAACAGAUUGAGUUUCCUCUCUGGACAUUCAGACAAAUCAACAAGAGCUGGAAGAUCAGAAACACCAACAAUGAAACCAUCAGUCAAAUCCAGCCGAUCUACAAGGCAGAAACUCCAAUGGUGUCUUUCUUCAGGUUUGGCUCUGUGUCUUCAUCCAAGUCUCAGCUGAUGAACAGUCUGAUCAAUGAGAAACACAACACGUUCUUCCACAGAUACUGCUUAGGCAGCAGCAGAACCAGAGUCCUGAUGGAUGGAGUGAUGGAGAUCGCCUGGUUCUGCCCCUCUGGAUCACAUGAUGAUAAAUUCACUGACUGUGUUGCGUUCUGUAAUCUACACGGUGAUGCAGGAGACCAUGAGAAACAGCUGCAGAUCCUCACUGAAAUGAGCUCAGUCAAUGUUGUUCUGCUAUCUCAACUGGACAGGAAUGACAAAAGUGCAGCAAUAAUACAAAACAUGUACAGGAAGUCAAAGCCACUCAUUUGUCUUUUUACUGAGAAUGAAUCUGCUCUAAUUGAGAUGAAGAAAGGAAAAUAUAAGAUUGGUUUGAAAGACAGAAAUCAGUCAGAAGUAUCUGAAGAACUCAAAUAUGCUAUACAUCAUUGUCUCUUAUAUUCAUCUUCCACUUUCAGACUUGAAGAUGUGUCCAAACACUCAGACAUCAGAGUAGAUGAGGAAGAUGAUGAAGACUGCAGGAGAGGAAGAGAAGCAGCACGGCAAAUGAUUAAUUUACUGAAGGAGAAAGAUCUGACAGAAAUCAAAGAAUCAGUUCUGCCUCAUCAGGGGAAACUGUGGCAACAGUGGAGUCAGAAGAACAAAGAACUGCAUCGACCUCAAGGAGAAGAGACUGAAAUGGACAUCAGUAGAAAACAAACAGAGAUGAAGAAAAUCCGUGAACAGCAGCAUAAAUCUGACACUAGUAUGUUUAUGAAGUUCUUUAUUAAAGAAUUGAACUCGCAUGCUGAAAAUGCUGAGAAAAUGUUUUUCCUCAAAUGGCUCAGAAUCCUCCUGGAUGAACACACAUCAGCUGAACUUUCUAAUCUACAUCACAAAUAUAAUGAAAAGUGGUCAAGAGUCUUAAAACUAAAAGAGAAUUAUUAUAAAUCUGAACAACUCAAAGCUGAAAAAACUGAACUUGAGAGAAUAUCUGAGGAACUUCAAGCUUCAUCCUUUGGUUUGGAGCACAUCAUGAGGGAGAUCGGUCAGAUCUAUGAAUCAUGUGAAUCUGUGAAGAAGAACAAGAAAGACCUUCAGGUUCACUUCUCUUCUUUCCCGAGUCUUGCAGCAGAGAUGAUGAUCUCUGGAUUUCCAUUGGAGCUGAUGGAUGGAGAUGCUGCUCAUGUUCCUGUGAUCUGGAUCUCUGCUGUUCUAGAUGAACUCAUCCAGAAACUGGGAGACCAGAGAGUCUUUGUGCUGUCAGUUUUAGGGCUUCAGAGCUCUGGGAAAUCCACCAUGCUGAAUGCCAUGUUUGGACUCCAGUUUGCCGUCAGUGCUGGCAGGUGCACCAGAGGAGCUUUCAUGCAGCUGGUCAGAGUGUCAGACGAGAUGAAAACACAGAUGAACUUUGACUAUAUUCUGGUUGUAGAUACUGAGGGUCUUCAUGCUCUAGAACUGGCUGGAAGAUCAACAAGACAUCAUAACAAUGAAUUGGCCACAUUUGUUGUUGGUCUUGGAAAUCUGACAUUGAUCAACAUCUUUGGAGAAAACCCUUCUGAGAUGCAAGACAUUCUUCAGAUUGUUGUUCAGGCCUUCCUGAGGAUGAAGAUGGUCAGACUGAAUCCCAGCUGUGUGUUUGUGCAUCAGAACGUUUCAGACAUCACAGCUGGAGAGAAAAACAUGGAGGGAAGAAGACGAAUUCAGGAGACACUGGAUAAGAUGACAAAACUUUCUGCUAAACAGGAAGUGUGUGAUGCAGAAUGUUUCAGUGAUGUCAUUAGAUUUGAUGUUCAGAAUGACGUGAAGUAUUUUUCUCAGCUCUGGGAGGGCAGCCCACCCAUGGCACCACCAAACCCAAGCUACUGUGAGAAUAUUCAAGAACUGAAGAAAUCUGUUAUGUCUCAUGCCUCAGAAUCAAAGAGAAUGAUGCUGACACACUUAAAAGAUCGUAUUAAAGAUCUCUGGGAGGCUUUACUGAAUGAACGAUUUGUGUUCAGCUUCAAAAAUUCUCUGGAGAUUUCAGCCUACAGGAAACUGGAGACCGAAUACAGCAAGUGGUCCUGGAGGCUUCGCAGUGCCAUGAUGGAUACUGAGAACAAACUACACAACAAAAUAGAGAAUGAAGCAAUUCAUGAGGUUGAGGAAACUGAUCUACAAAGAGAACUGAAAAAGACAAGUGAAGAAGUGAAAAAAUCAAUGUCUGAAUUCUUUGAGAAAGACACAGAUAAAGAUAUACUGAUUCAGUGGAAAACAUCAUUUGAGAUCAAAAUCAAAGAGCUUCAGGAAAACAUUGUGAGAGAAACAAAGAGGAAAUUAAAUGUGAUUCUUCAGCAGCGAGACCUGAAGAAAAAGAUUGAUGCUCAGAGGAAAUAUCAUGAAAACACUCUCUAUGAAAAGAGCAAAGAACUCGCCUUAAAACUCAAAGACAAAGAAAAUGGUGAAGAAACACUGAAGAAAGAGUUUGAUUUGUUUUGGGAACAGAGUGUGAAGAAUAUAUUCAGAGACACUCCUGCGAUCAGAGACACUGACAUAAUGAGAGAUGUGAAACUUCUCAUCAGUGAUGUCUACAGAAGUGUUUCUGUAGAUCACUGGAGCAAGAGCAGUGGGUACAUUUUCACUGUGGCGAGUUAUUCUGAUUAUGUGAUUAUCAGAGAGUCCACAAAAUAUCUAAAUGUUCCAGUUAUAGGAACAUUUAGAUAUGCUAAAACUCUGUCUCAAGUGGAUGAAUCCCAGAUAUGUUUAUUAAUCACAGAUGUUGUUCUGGAAACAGACAGAAUGAUUCAGUCAUUUAACAUUUCAAAGAUGGGCUACAACAUCAGCUACAUUCAACAACUCACAGAUUACAUUAAGAGGAAAGUAAAAGACCAUCAGGACGGACCAGUGAAAUAUGUGUUCAAGAAUGAAUUCUUCAUGGAUUUAGUUCUCUCCAUCUGUAAGAGAGCAAACAAGAUGAUCACUGACCAACACAGACUCUUCAGAGAAGCUAAUGAUCCUGUAAUAUAUGUUGAGAAAAAGAGAGAAGAGUAUUAUAGUAUUUUCCAGAAAUACUGUCAUGGAUCUGCAUCAGCUGUCAUGUUUGGAGAGAUCAUCUGUAAGAAACUGAAGGAGCCCAUUGAUCAGAGUGUCUACAAGAAGACUGCCAGAGAUCUGACAGAUGAAAUGAGAUCAAACUGUGAAUCACUGAAUGGAAACAGAUCAAAUCUGGAGAAACACAUACUGAAGACACUGGCAGAAGAGGAGGAUUUUGACAAAUACAUGAACUACAUUCAUAAUCCCAGAGAUCACUUCAAGAGUUUCAUCAGAGAUGAAGUCAGUCGGUACAUCACUGAUAAGUUCAGUGUCAGUGUUUUACCCAAGAUGAAGGAGAACAUUGAACUCCUGCAGCAGAAGAUCAUGAAAGCAGCACAUGAAUCUACUGAACAUGUUCAAGUGAACAGAGGAGAUGUUGGUUUGUGGUUGAAGAGAUUCACACAGCAGAUCUCAGAUGAGCUGAUCUUCUCUGAAAAAGACAUCAGAGGAGUGAAACAUGAUGAUGUUAAUGAUUUGAACCUCCUAGAAGAUGUGUUAAGACAGGAACUUACUGCUAUAAUGACUGAGAUCAGCUGGAGAUUCAACAGAAACACAUUUACAGUAAAUCUGGACUAUAAGUUCAGACCAGAUGAGCUUUUGAUUGAUCACUUCUGUCAGUGCUGUUGGGUUCAGUGUCCGUUCUGUAAAGCCACCUGCACCAACACCAUAGAAAACCAUCCUGGAGAUCACAGUGUUCCUUUCCACAGAGUGUGGGGAAUUAAUGGUACAUAUUACAGAUCAACACAGAAUCUCAGUGCUGAUAUUUGCACAAGUUUAGUGGCAAGUCAUCGGGAUUUUAAUACCCCAGAUGGAAGGAUUCCAUACAGAGAUUACAGAAGAGCAGGAGGAGUUUAUGCAAACUGGAGCAUCACCUCUGAUCUCUCUGAACUACCCUACUGGAAGUGGUUUGUGUGCAGAUUCCAGAGACAUCUGGAAAAACACUACAGUAAAACAUUUGAGGGUUAUGGUAAGAUCCCAGAUGAAUGGAGAAAAUACUCAAAACAGGACGCUAUUCAGAGUUUAGAUCAAAACAUCUAAUGGGGCGGAUAAUGAAUACAAGUCUUCCUCAGAUAAGAAAAAAGUUUCUAUUACACAUCAGUGAGAAUCUGAAAUCAUGAAAAUACACUGGAGACAAGACAAUGAAAGACAAGAUUCCUCCUGCAAGAAAACACAAACUUCAAAAACAUUGUGACACAAAUAUAAAGCUCAAAAUGUUCAGAUAAGAAUAUGAAUGAAAUGAAAUAUGUUUUAUUGUCCUCCUAGUAGGGAAAUUUGGCAUGGACUUAGUAUUUCUACAUCACCUGUUACUAUUAAAAUAAUCCUAAAAGACAAUACAAUACAAUACAAACACAAAACACUUCUGAAAUGUAUAUUGUUCAUAAAGAGACUGGAUAUAAUACCUCUUUAUGAACAUUUUUUAUUUCUACUGUGUAUUUCUAUGUGAAUAUUUUGACAUUAAGAAUUCAUAUAAAACAGUAUAAAAACAUUCUUUGAACAUCCUUUAAAUACGGACGUUACAGCAAAACACAGUGUUUCAUGAACACUGCUCAGUGUUCAUAUCUGUCCACACUACAGAAUGUUAAACUGAAACUGUGUUGGAGUUUAUUAGAUAAUUAAUCAAUGAUUGAUCAUUAGUGAUGACACACUGAAGAACAAACAUUUGAAGUCACCAUUGUGGUUAUCAGAUGAGUUCACCUAUUUAAAGGAUUAGUUCACUUUCAAAUAAAAAUUUCCUGAUAAUUUGCUCACCCCCCAUGUCGU